AUGGGUAAUAUGGGAAUCGAGAUUAUUGCCUUCAUUUUCACCAUAUCUGGAUGGAUUCUGAUCUCCUCCACAAUCCCAACUGACUACUGGAAAGUGUCGUCAGUGGAUGGGACGGUCAUCACCACGGCAACAUUUUGGUCCAAUCUCUGGAAGACGUGCGUUACGGAUUCAACCGGAGUCUCCAACUGCAAGGACUUUCCUUCUAUGCUCGCACUGGAUGCUUAUAUCCAGGUGUGUCGUGGACUGAUGAUCUCAGCUGUGUGCCUGGGAUUUUUUGGAGCUAUCCUGGCGCUAGUGGGCAUGAAGUGUACUAAAAUAGGGGGAUCAGAGACCACCAAAGCCAGGAUCACCUGUCUAUGUGGACUGCACUUUAUUCUCAGUGGAAUCUGCUCUUUGACCGCCUGUUCUCUCUACGCACACCGGAUAACGUCAGAGUUUUUUGACCCCUUAUUUGUGAAACAGAAGUUUGAACUCGGGGCGGCCCUGUUCAUUGGCUGGGCAGGAUCUGUUCUCAGCAUUCUUGGAGGAUUUAUCUUUUGCUUUUCCAUGUCAGAAGGAUUCAUUAUCAGGGAAUACUCUUACAACGGGGCCACGUCUUUCAUAUCAAAAAGAACCAAGAUCACAAAGAUGGGCAAGAACCCUGCGACUCCUCAGAAAGAUCCUCCAGACCAAAGCUUUUCUGGCAGGCAGUUCAAGAGGAACGCGUACGUUUGAUUUCAGCAUCCUCAGUCAAGCUGGAAAUGACAACAAGUGAUCAAGGCCAAGAAGCUCACACUGUGUAAAGUCAACUAUCAAACAAAUCCUUGAAUGGAGAACCUGAGGUCACAAGGCUGCGUUCAUCAUUUGAAGCAAGAAGACUGCACAGAGGCAUAUGUCAUAUAUUAUAUAUAUAUCCAGAUAUUUUUCUUUUACAGAGGCUGUUUUGGUUAAGAUAUACACAUAUAAACAGUAAAUUGAGACAUUUUUCAGAUUUAAUCCAUAUAUAUUACCCAUUAGAAACCUCAAGAAAGUUUCCAAGUAUGGCAUUGUGAAACAAUUGGCAGAUUUCUUCACUUGGGACUUUGAAGUAAGUCAGGUGAACUGAUGACAGAGAAGACGGGGAGAACAACUGCGCUCCACUGACCACAGGAACAUGCUGUCUCAGUUCGGAAAUUGCGCCGGUCCUGGAGUCUCUCUUCACCUCCUGAUCAGUGGAAACUCGAGACUCUGAUCCCAGUUUUUAGAGCUUUCAUGUGGCUGGA